UUCUUGCUCUGAAUUGUGAUCCUCAUUUCAUGCAUGUCCAGGGGUGGCAGGUUCGAUUUUGAUGAUGGAGGGUCGUAUUGUGGAGGUUGGGAAGAUGGCAAGGCUCAUGGACACGGCAUCUGCACCGGCCCGAAGGGGCAAGGAGAAUACGCGGGAUCUUGGAGCCAUGGUUUCGAGGUGGUGGGUGUAUAUACCUGGCCAAGUGGUAAUACUUACCAGGGGACAUGGGCGCAGGGAAAGAGACAUGGUAUUGGAGUGGAAAGCAAGGGAAAGUGGGUCUACAAAGGAGAAUGGUGCCAUGGAUUCAAAGGACGAUAUGGGGUCCGGGAGAGCAUUGGCAGCGGAGCCAAGUAUGAGGGGACCUGGAACAAUGGGCUACAAGAUGGAUACGGAACAGAGACCUAUAGAGAUGGAGGUACCUACCAAGGUCAAUGGGUUGGAGGAAUGCGACAUGGGUAUGGUGUGCGUCAAAGUGUUCCCUAUGGGAUGGCUGCUGUUAUCAGGUCUCCUCUUAGAACUUCUAUUAACUCUCUAAGAAGUGAACACAGUAAUGGUACAGCAAUGCACCCAGACACUCCAGCUGGCAGCCCUGCAGGGUCAAGGGGGGGCUUUGUUCUCACUAUGCAUAGUGACAAUGAUCUACUUACAGCCAAAAACAAAAAAAAGGGAAUCUUUCGCAGAUCCCUUUUGAGUGGGCUGAAACUCCGGAAAUCCGAAUCCAAAAGUUCCUUGGCCAGCCAAAGAAGCAAGCAGAGCUCAUUCCGAAGUGAAGCUGGAAUGAGUACAGUCAGCUCCACGGCCAGUGACAUCAACUCCACAAUUAGUUUUGGUGAAGGGGAAACAGAUUUGUCUGUCAUUGAAGACGACAUAGACGCAACGACAACAGAAGUGUAUGUGGGAGAAUGGAAGAAUGACAAACGCUCCGGCUUUGGGUUAAGCCACCGAUCUGAUGGCCUGAAAUUCGAAGGGGAAUGGCUCAGCAACAAGAGACAUGGUUAUGGAUGUACAACCUUUCCAGAUGGAACAAAAGAAGAGGGAAAAUAUAAACAAAAUGUAUUGGUGAGUGGGAAGAGGAAGAACCUGAUUCCUCUACGGACAAGUAAGAUUCGAGAGAAAGUGGAUAGGGCAGUGGAAGCAGCUGAACGGGCUGCAGCUAUUGCCAAACAGAAAGCUGAGAUUUCUGCAUCCAGGACAUCUCAUGCCAGGUCAAAGUCGGAGCUUGCUGAUACAGCUGCUGAAAAAGCUCAGGAUGAGGCCCAGCUUGCCAGGAUCACUGCCAAAGAGUUCUCCCCGUCCACACAACAACCAGGCAAUGGAAUUGAGUAUCAAAGGCCAACACUCCAGAAUUCAGCUGAGAAUGAGAUAGACAGAAUUUCCUCAGAAAGUCCCGCCCUGGAGGAGAGUCCAGAGCUCUACAGGAAAGGAACAACUCCUCCAGAUCUCACUCCAGAUCUCAGCCCUGUGCCAAGCCGUUCAUCCACCUCACCAUCCAACUCACCACCAAAGUACAGAAAAAAGAAUGCAAGGCUUGUUCGACAGAUGAACACGGAAUGUGACAAAGGACAAGACAUUCAGGUGUUGCUGGAAGGAGGAAGGGGCGAAUAUUCAAGGUCUACUCACUGGAGCGAUAAGCAGCGAUCGGGCAAUCGUAGAGGAGGAAGCAGAGGCAACAGCAGCUUAACUACAGCUUCAAUAUCUGAGGAGAGCAGGGGAAGAGGUAAUGAAUGCAAAUAUAAUCACAGACCCACUGACAGAAAAGGGACAGAGUCUCCAACUUUCUCAUGGACAUCCUAUCGGUUGCAUAAUCAUGAUUCAAGUAACCAGCUGCAUGAACAGGAUGAAGAAAAACUUAGUAAUUAUGAAAUGGAAAUGAAGCCUCUACAACGCAUGGAUUCCUAUGUACAAGACACAUUUUCAGAACAACACUACAGUAGCCUCAGCUCCAGAAACAUGAUGGAAGACUACCAUCCAGAUUUCCUUAGCUAUGGAGUGCAGAGGCUAAAGCCCACAAUGCAAAAUAAAGAGAACUACAUACUUAUGUCUCCCUCUGAGCCCAAUGUCCAGAGGCUGGAGAGCCUGAGAAUGAAUGUAAAGCUGGAGUCUCGAUCAAGGCAUGACAUUAGUACAUCACCAAACUCAAAGUCAAUAAAUAUAUCACAGUCUGAAGAAGAAACAAUGGUUCAAUAUAAAUCUAAUUCAGGCUCCAAUCCCAUUCUGGUUGCUAUGGUGAUUUUGCUAAACAUUGGUGUCGCCAUUUUGUUUAUUCACUUUUUUAUUUGAAUGCCUAUUUGUCAACUUAAAUAAGUGAAAACACAAACUGUGUAAAAGAAAACUGAUGUACUUCAAUAUGAAAAAGUCUGAGAACAUGGUCAAGUUCUUCACAUUUUGCCUUUCCUAGAUACGAAUACUGGAUUUUAGUCAAAGUUAAUGGCAUAAAUAAAAUAGCUCUGUGGCAUGACAGAAUGGUAAAAUAUGCUUCCCCAUUACUUCAAUGAUUUAAUAUGCAUUGUUUGAAGAAAAGAACUGUAGACAAACUAGCCAGAAGGUAACAUUAUCUUAGUUCUGGCAUCAAGGAAAUGAAAAAAAAACAUUUGGUUAUCCAUGAGGAUUUAUUCUGAAUGUACUCAAGAUGCUGUAGUUAAUGUAUUUUUCUUUUGGUCUACUCAAGUCAAUUUUCAAAACUAUAAUGUUCUCUUGUUUAUUGUUGUGGAUACAUUCAUAAUAUUUUGAUUAAAAUGAGCUGAAGAAGACAGUAAUUAUACCAUAAAAACAUUAGGUUCAAUUACAAGCCUAUACAAUUAUUUAAUAACUUUAAUCAGUUCUUUUUUUAGAAAAGAUAUUCUUCUGAAGACUGCUGUAGUUUGAAAGGUGAGAGAG